CUGCACGGGCGGAAAGGGCGCUCCCGCCUCUCCUUGUAUGGCGAGAGGCCACAGGCGGCUCCCUCUCCUCAGGAAGGAGAGAAUCACGGCACAGCCAGGCAACCUCACGCGGAAGUCCAAGUAUUCGAGAGCUGCUGGGAUUAUAUGAAACAGAAACGGCAGACAAAGGGGUGGAGAAGCCUAAACAAAGCAUGUUGGGGGUCGCUCCGAUGGAGGCCCUAGGAUUAUUCCUCUAGAGUGCUGCAAGAUCGAGUUGAGUUCUAGUAAGGAGACAUCUCCUGAUUUUGCUUCGCGAGGGAAGGAGAGAGAAGCACUAACUUCUUGCUUCACGAGAGAAGGAGAGAGAAGCACCAUGCAGGAUGAAAUUCCAUUGAUGACUUUACCUCUCUCAGGAUACCAUGAGACUCUCAACUCAUGGAUUUUCAUCAAACCAGGAAGGCCAAACCUCUGCAGCUUCUCCAUGUUUUUGAUAGAUGCUAAAGUGGCAAAAGGAAAAACUGGAGUUCCCAACCAAAUGGGACUUUGUCCUAGUUUGUGACAAUCACAGCCUCGGCAGUAAGAAGGAUAGAAACAAAACGUCGUUUCUGCAUGAACUGCGCAGCAAAGGAUUCGUUAUUGAGACAAUUAAAGACAUAAAGCUCUUUCAUGGAAUUUGUGCCCCAAGUUGGAUCUUCCAAAAUUACCAGUUCCUUCUGAGGAAUCCUGAUUCAAAGUCAAGAGUUUGCUAUACAGAGCAACUAGAUGAGCAGCAGGAAAUGACCACUGCAACAAGGAUACGUAUUGUCAGCUUUAUCUUGCAUAAUACAGAGAUUCAAAGUACUACAGAGAAGCUUAAGCUUCGUGACCUGAUAAAGAAUAAAGUCUUUGAAACAGCAUUUCCUUUACAUGAGGAGGAAUAUUUAAGUGCCAAGCUAGACGUAAAGAGAGAGAAUCUGGGAAGAUUUCAAAAGAUUCAUUGGGCCCGAUGGACAGAAAUCCAACCAAUUGAAGAUAUCAGGACAUAUUUUGGGGAAAAAGUCGCUCUUUAUUUUGCUUGGCUGAGCUGGUACACUCGCACCCUGUUCGUAGCUGCUGUGCCAGGCAUUAUUCUUGUUAUAUAUGGAUUAAUUAGCUUCCGGUCCAGUCAGGUCAGCAAAGAGAUCUGUGCAGCCAAUACUACUAUGAUGUGUCCACUCUGUGACCAGAAGUGCCCUUUUUGGCCACUGUCAGACACUUGCACAUAUGCACAGAUCACCCAUUUGCUUGACAACGAAGGAACAGUUCUCUUUGCAAUAUUCAUGGCUAUCUGGGCCACUGCAUUCUUGGAACUGUGGAAGAGAAAGAGAGCUACGGUUGUCACUGACUGGAACCUGUAUCAGUGGGAUGAAGAAGAGGAGGACCUGGCUAUGGAACUCGCCUAUAACCCAGAGCUUGAUCCCCAGCUGUAUAAACAUUCUUACAUCCGCAGCACUAUUGUCCUCAUCUUAGUUCUGCUUAUGAUCUGCGUGCUGAUUGGUAUUGCCUUUGUACCUGUUCUCUACAGAAGCAUGGUGACAGUCAUCUUUACUCAGUCCAAUUCAGAAUUUUUCCGAGAACGAGCCAGUACUAUGGCAGUAAUUACAGGGGCUGUGUUGCACUAUUUUACCAUCAUUAUUAUGAGCAAGGUUAACAGGCGUGUAGCAUUGUACCUCUGUACCGAUCUGGAGAAGCCAAGAACAUUCACCGAGUGGGAGAAAAACUUUACAAUCAAAUUCUUCACCUUCCAGUUCUUCAACCACUUCUCUUCUGUGAUCUACGUUGCUUUCUUCUUAGGGAGAAUUAAUGGUCGCCCAGGUGACUAUGUACGUGUUGGUGGCAAGUGGAGACUGGAAGAAUGCCACCCUAGUGGUUGCCUCAUAGAUCUCUUUAUCCAGAUGGCUGUAAUCAUGACAUUAAAGCAAACACUGAACAGCGUUGUGGAGUAUAUGCUUCCCUGGGUAAGGUGCAAGUUCAAGCUGUUCGGAAAACCCCAAAACAACAGCAGGGGUCGUGGGAAGGAGAAUGCUUGGGACUUAUGCAAAGAACAAUGGCUACGGAACUAUCACCUUAAUGAAGUCAAUGUCUUCAGUUUGUUUGAUGAAUAUAUGGAGAUGAUGAUCCAGUAUAGCUUCACCACUAUUUUUGUGGCUGCCUUUCCCCUUGCUCCAUUACUGGCCUUGAUCAACAAUCUCAUUGAGAUUCGACUAGAUGCUUUCAAGAUGGUCAGAUUGCAGAGACGUAUGGUGCCCAGCAAAGCGAACGAUAUUGGUAUCUGGUUGUUGGUUCUGGAGGCAAUUGGUAUUUUAGCUGUCAUAGGCAAUGGUCUGGUAAUUGCCAUCACCUCAGACUUCAUCCCAAUGCAGGUGUACAAAUACACAUCUAGUCCAUGCAUGCAGAAGAAUUACACUGACAUAGACUGUUUAGCAGGUUAUAUCAACUACAGUCUUUCAGUGUUCAAUGUCCAGGAUUUUGAGAACCGCAAGGAUCUGGCAGAACUUAAAGAUGCCAUGGGGAAUGAGAUAACACACUGCAGGUACCGUGAUUACAGGAACAGUGAGGACUACAGUUACACUGUUACAUUUUGGCGUAUUUUUGCAGCACGCCUUGCCUUCCUUAUCUUGUUUGAACAUGUGGCCCUUUGCAUCAAACUGAUUGUAGCCUGGUUUGUGCCAGAUGUCCCCAGAAGAGUUAAGAACAAGCAUCUAACAGAAAAACAUAAAAGGCUGUUGGAAAAGUCUCAGGUGAUUAAUGGAAUCCUUGCCAAGUGUCCUGCCCGAAGCCAAGAGACCCAGACUCGGACGCGGCUAGAAAUGGAUAACUCCACAGAAGUAUAAUGAAAUGUCUGAUGAGGGUGUUGGGAUCAAGAGAAGAAAUCCUAGAGCCCAGCACCUGCAGAAUGGUGCUACAGGCUUUGAAGAUGCAGCUGAACUCUGCAGGUGUAAUUUGAUCUUUUACUUAUUAUUUUUGGAUUUUACCUCUUCAUUUAAAGGGAACAGUGCAAAGAUUUCUUUGCAUGGUAAGAUUGUUUUGAAUAUUUCAGUGUUCCUAAGAGACUACAGAGUGGGAACAAUGUCACAUGCCAAAGCAGAAGUAAGUGGGAAUCUUUGCACUGUCAAUACGGUAACACAUUGCUGAAAAGCAUUUUGGUUAUGCCAAAAUUUCUAUGCUCUUCUUCCAUAAGAAGGAGAGAGCAUCUUGGAAUUGACACAUGCUACCACCCAUAACAGAUUUGGCCCUAAAUUUGGCCCAAUUAAUUACCCAUCUCAUAAAGAUGGGAAGCUUAAUUCAGAUCUGAAAAGCACUUUAAAGUCUUUGUCUAUGUUGUAAACAUUCCAGAUUCUAUUAUUCUAUUGAGGCACCAUGUAGAUGCCCUCAAUCAAGCCUCAAGCCCCUUAAAGGUGGCAAUUUGUGUAUUACCUCACUUGACUUUUUCACAUAUAAUUUGGGGGCAUAGAUGCAUCCACACACAUUCACAAACUUGACAAGAAUAGGCAUUUUUCUUUGAAUUCUUUAUUCAAUCCAGAAAUGUGUGUGCAUGUUUACAAAGAUUAUAUAGUUUUUUCAUCAAUUCACUCAUCCCAGAGAGGCCAGCUGAUCGUAGAACUAUGGGAUGCAGCAGAAGAAUAUUGGGCUCUGCUAAUUUUAGUGCCUGUGCAGAAAAGAGAAUUUUAGCAGAUGGAGCUUGUUGCAUCAUAAACCUACACGUGUGAAAAAGCUGCUCUUUACUAAUUUUUCUCUUCUACAUAAGCACUAAAGGCACAAGGAUGCUUCACUGCACUUGGUCACUCUACAUCGGGAUUGGUGACCUUUGGCCCUCCGUAUGUUGUUGAACUACAACUUCCAUCAUACAUAGCCAUUAACCAUACUUUUGGGGGCUGAUAGGACCUGUAGUUUAGCCAACAUAUGGAGGCCCAAAGGUUCCCCAUCUCUGCUCUACAUAAACUGUUUUGUGUUUCAUAUCCCUUGUGCCUCCCUUGCAAUCAAGUAUCUAAUAAUACAGAGAAACAAAGCACAAUAAAAAGACAGAUCCAGUAAAUGUUAAGGCUUCAGCGUAGAACAGCUGAAUUAAUGUUGAUAUGUAACUUUAACAUCCUGACAUUCAGGGUUUUUUGUUUGCCAGUGUUACCACAUCUUAUGGCUAUUGUUAAGCUGCUUGUUUCAGAACUAAAUCAUAGCACUGACAAUGUAAAAAUAUAGCAUAUGCUAAAAGGUACUUCUAUAUUGUUUUAACCUGAGCUAGAUCCUGUCUCUGUUGAUUUCAAUCAUCAUCAUUAUGUUCUGACUCCUGAAGUCACUUCUGCAAUUCAUACCUUUGACUGACAAGAUAACAAAAAGAUAAAAUUGCCAUUAUAGAUACCUAACAGCUAUGUCUUUUUUUCCCCUUGACAAAUUCUAAAUUUCAUUGCAAGUUGAGCUUUGGCAGCAAUCCUAAAUACAUUCCUUGAAAUUCAACAGGAUUUGGAUUAUCUCUAAAACGUAUCUUUUUGAGAAUCUCUGUAAUGCUAUAAUUCUGGAAGCACUUUGCUCAGGGAAGCGCCUUUAAAAUUGUGUCUCACAGCAAUACGAAGAUCAGAGUGUUUUGGCUCUAGAUUACUUGAACUGGAAUCCUUACAUAUUGAAUUAUGGGACUUUAUUCAUUUGUAGUUCCUCAGAUUUUCUGAUCUUGUUUUGUCAUACUGUUUAAAGUUGUACUUUUAAAGAAAAUACGCAAUUACUCUGUAGUUCU